AUGAACCGUCGCUCCGCCGCCUCCAAUUACGGUGAGGAGCCUCCCGCCUAUCUCGACCGCGAGACAUCUUCUUUUCUCUCCUCCGAGCCCGAGUCCCCGACUGCCGCUUCGCGUCAACAUGGCGGUGCAACAAUGCGCUUGCUACCCAGUGGUGGUGAUGACCACGACAAGGAUAUAACCGGUGGCUCCCCUGGGGCAUCACCGUCUCACUAUGCCUCCCAAUACUCCGAGGUUGGACAGCCUCCGGAUUAUGCAGACCGGUACUAUCAGCUGCCAAGUGCAACUUCACCAUCUCGACCAGGGUCGAGCUUGGGAAAUCCUCCCAAUCUCCCGCCUCUGUCAACCACUCUAGCAGAUCCUUCUGUUUACCCGGCAAUUCCUCCACGAACGGGCUCGCCUACACGUCCGUGGAGUCCCGGGCAUGUUCGACCACCGUCCGUGUCGAGUGUCGGCUAUGAGCGCGCGGACUUGAAUGGCAGUCCGCGUCCGGGGACGCCUAGUUCCCGGUAUGGGGGCAGUCCACGGCGUCCUUUGCCUCCCGCACCUUUAUUUUCUAGAGCAAACACCGGCCCUGGUGCGGAUGCCAGCAUUGAUAUUGGCGAUGUGGCUAGUCCGGAGGACCCAUUCGGUGCUGGCGGCCGGACGAUCAACCACAACUCGCGUAGCAGUGUCCGGUCAUUCAUGAGUGAGUCGACAGUCAUGGGUGAUGAGAAGGAUGCGAUGCAAAAGAUUGACCUCGACGGUGGCGAGGACGCCGACAUGAUUGACCCCAAUCUUCAUUAUGGUCCUGCCCCGGAGAAGCAAGGGCGACGUGGAGUCCGGGACGCCCACAUGUCCCAGAAAGAAGUACAAUUGAUCAACGGCGAACUCAUUUUGGAGUGCAAGAUCCCCACCAUCCUACACAGCUUUCUCCCGCGCCGUGAUGACCGAGAGUUCACUCACAUGCGGUAUACCGCCGUGACGUCGGACCCUGACGAUUUCACCAACAGGGGGUACAAGCUUCGCCAGCAAAUCGGCAGCACCAUGCGAGAGACUGAACUGUUCAUCUGUGUGACCAUGUACAACGAAGACGAGAUUGGCUUUACCCGCACCAUGCACGGCAUUAUGCGCAACAUCUCCCACUUCUGCUCGCGCACCAAGUCCCGCACCUGGGGCCGGGAUGGUUGGAAGAAGAUUGUUGUCUGCAUCGUGGCUGACGGCCGCAAGAAGGUUCACCCGCGCACACUGAACGCAUUGGCUGCGCUAGGCGUGUACCAAGAAGGCAUUGCCAAGAAUAUUGUCAACCAAAAGCCGGUCACGGCCCACGUCUACGAAUACACCACCCAGGUAUCGCUCGACUCGGAUCUCAAAUUCAAGGGUGCCGAGAAGGGAAUCAUGCCCUGCCAAGUCAUCUUGUGCCUGAAGGAACACAACCAGAAGAAACUUAACUCCCACCGAUGGUUCUUCAACGCCUUUGGCCGUGCUCUGCAACCCAAUAUCUGUAUUCUGCUCGAUGUGGGAACAAGGCCUGAGCCAACAGCUUUGUACCAUUUGUGGAAAGCCUUUGACCAGGACUCCAACGUCGCCGGUGCAGCCGGUGAGAUCAAGGCGGGCAAGGGCAAGAAUAUGUUGGGUCUGCUCAAUCCACUGGUCGCCAGUCAGAACUUUGAGUACAAGAUGUCCAAUAUUCUCGAUAAGCCACUUGAGUCGGUAUUUGGUUACAUCACUGUGUUGCCUGGUGCGCUGAGUGCCUACCGCUUCUUCGCUCUGCAGAAUGAUGCCGAUGGUCAUGGCCCGUUGAACCAGUACUUCAAGGGUGAGACGCUACAUGGUCAAGACGCCGAUGUUUUCACGGCCAACAUGUACCUGGCUGAGGACCGUAUCCUCUGCUGGGAACUCGUGGCUAAGCGCGAGGAGAGAUGGGUCUUGAAAUUUGUCAAGAGCGCUGUUGGAGAGACGGAUGUUCCAGACACUAUCCCCGAGUUCAUCUCGCAGCGACGACGAUGGCUUAACGGUGCUUUCUUUGCGGCUGUGUAUUCGAUUGUCAAUGCGAAGCAGAUCUGGAGCACCGAUCAUACCAUUGCGCGGAAGAUCUUGCUUCAUGUUGAAUUCGUGUAUCAGUUUUUGAAUCUUCUCUUCACUUAUUUUGGAUUGGCAAACUUUUAUCUUGCUUUUUACUUCAUUGCUGGUUCUUUAACGAAUAAACAGCUUGAUCCCUUCGGUCAUAAUAUCGGCCUCUAUGUCUUCACGGUCCUGCGCUAUGCCUGUGUCUUGGUUAUGUGUUUGCAGUUCAUUAUCUCGAUGGGUAAUCGUCCGCAAGGUGCCAAAAAGCUUUAUCUCUCUGGUAUGAUUGUGUACAGUAUCAUCAUGCUUUAUACAAUCUUCUGCGCGCUUUACCUUGUGGUGAAGGAGCUGAUGGCCCGCGCCGGUCUUGACCACGACUCUUCGUUUAAGAUCAGCGACACCUUGAUGAUGAACAUCGUCUUGUCCAUGUUAUCCACAGUCGGGCUGUACUUCUACACUUCAUUCCUAUACCUGGACCCAUGGCACAUGUUCACUUCCUCGGCCCAGUAUUUCCUGCUUCUCCCCAGCUACAUCUGCACACUGCAAGUGUACGCCUUCUGCAACACCCACGACGUGACAUGGGGUACAAAGGGCGACAACGUUCUGAACACCGAUCUGGGUGCUGCAAACGUGAUCAACGGCUCAACAGUCGUCGUUGAAAUGCCCUCUGAACAACUUGACAUCGACAGUGGCUACGACGCUGCCCUCCGCAACCUCCGCGACCGCCUCGAGGUCCCCAAACCCGUCGUGUCCGACUCCCAAUUGCAAGAAGACUACUACCGCGCCGUGCGCACAUACAUGGUCUCCGUGUGGAUGGUCGCAAACGUCAUUCUGGGAAUGGCGGUCUCAGAGGUCUACGGCAUCGACGCGGGCGGCACGAACAUCUACUUGGCGAUUAUCCUCUGGUCCGUAGCCAUUCUCGCCGCUAUUCGCGCCACGGGAUCAACCAUCUACGCUGUUCUGAAUCUCGUCCACAAGAUCGUCGAGGGAAAGACCAAGUUCGAUGCGGGGAAUAUGACCAACUUCGCGCCCAGCUCGUAUGGCGGGAGUAGUUUGGGCGUGUCUUCGGAUUCGGGCGUUACCUCUUCCCGCGCACCGAAUUAUGGUGGCGAGUCUACUAUGAAAGAUCGCUUUGCCGAGGCCAGGUGGACAGUUGGGAGGCAGGUGGGGAAGGCUAUGUUUUGGAGAAGUUAG